CCCCCGUCUGCCCUCCCCACGCUCACUACGAGCUCUGCGGCGCCGCCUGCCCUCCCACCUGCCGUCCCCACGCCCUCCCCCAGGGCUGCACGUCAGCCCCGUGCACCGAGGGCUGCUUCUGCGACGUCGGCUUCAUCCUCAGCGGCUCCGAAUGCGUCCCAGCAUCCGACUGCGGCUGCGAACACCGCGGCCUCUACUACAAGAAAGGCUCCGAGUUCUACUCUUCGUGCCAGGAGUUCUGCGUUUGCAAAGCCGGAGGGGUGACGGAGUGCAGGCCGGCAUCUUGCGGCGCCCACGAGGAGUGCAGGGUGCAGGAUGGGGUGCUGGGGUGUCACCCCGCCGGCUACGGGCGCUUGGUGGUCUCAGGAGACCCCCACUACGUGACGUUUGAUGGUAGAGCCUUCGACCUGCGAGGUUCCUGCAGCUACGUGCUGGCUAAAGUCUGCAAACCUGAGCGUGGCUUGGCCAACUUCUCCGUGCUGCUGGAGCACGACGGAGGGGGACGGGGCAACGUGGCGCUGGUGAAGAAGGUGACAGUGAGCAUCUAUGGGCACACGGUCAGCAUGGAGCAAGGACGGCGCUGGGAGGCGACGGUGGACGGCGAGCGUUUCACGUUGCCGCUGGCAUUGGAGGACCAAAAGCUCCGAAUCGGGCAAGAGGGGACCAACCUCGUCCUGCAAACGACCUCAGGCCUCCGCCUGCUCUACAACGCAGCCACGUAUCUGCUGGUCACCAUCCCCAAAGCUUACCAGGGUCGCGUGUGCGGUUUGGGGGGCAACUUUAACGGAGAUCCCGGUGACGAUUUCCUGCUCCCCGACGGAUCGGCGGCCGAGAGCACGGAGGAAUUCGUCUCCUCUUGGAAAACACCUUCGGCCGACGGGGGUUGCAAGGAAGGUUGCGACGGGAAGCCGUGCCCUUCGUGCGACGCCGCUGCCGUUGCUCCGUACGGAAGCGGGGAUCAAUGCGGCCUCAUCCGCCACCCGACGGGGCCUUUUGGGUCGUGCCACCAUCGGGUGAACCCGGCUCAGUACUUCCAGCAUUGCCUCCAUGAUGUCUGCGCCGCCGGAGGGGCGAGGGAAGCUCUGUGCCACAGCCUGCAAGCUUACGCUGCUGCUUGCCAAGCUGCCGGCGCUCAGAUCGGAGGGUGGAGGACGGCGGCGUUCUGCC